AUGCUCCGCGCCGCCCUCACCUCCGGCGGCGGCCGCGGCCGCCACCUCCCAGCUCUACUCCCCCACCACCGCCUCCUCUCCGGGUCCUCCAUUGCCGCCCUCUUCUCCCAGCCCUCCCCGCCUGCGGAUCCCUCCGCCGCGAUCCAGUCCGCCGGCGUCGACCUCUCCCACGCGGACACCAUCCCCGCGCUCCUCCUCGACCCGGACCUCGCCGGGAACUACCCGGCCGCCUCCCGCUUCUUCUCCUGGGCCGCCUCCCUCCCCGCCUCCGCCGCCGCCCUCAACUCCAAGUCCUUCAACUCCAUGCUCCAGCUCGCCGCCGCGAACGGCGACGCCGACCGCUUCUGGUCCCUCGUCGCCUCCAUGCGGUCCAAGGGCUACGGCAUCUCCAAGCCCGCCUUCCGGGCCGCCUCCGAGAGCUUCCGGGCCAAGGACAUGGCCAGGGACGCCGACCUGCUCCAGGAGGCCUACGCCGCGCACGCCAGGAACGCGGCGGCCGCGGAGGUGUGCAAGGUUCUCCGGGCGCAGGACAAGGAUGAGUCCUCGAAGCUGACCAUGCUGAGUGAGCUAGGCGUUGAGGUGACUGAUGAGCUGGUUGCAUUGGUGAUGGAGAAGGUGGGGCAGCUCCCGCGGCAGGCGAUGGUGUUCUUCCGUUGGGUGGAGCAGCUGGCCGGGGCAGGGAUCAGUUGGGGCAAGGUUUACAAUGCGAUGGCUAGGGCUCUUGGACGGGAGGAUUGCAUCGAGGAGUUCCGGGAGGUCCUGCGGAAGAUGCGGGGUAAGGGGCUUCAGAUGGAUAGAGAUGUGUAUGUUACUGUCACCCACAGAUUCCUCAAGAGGAAGAUGGUUGAGGAUGCGGUGGACUUGUUCCGGUUCAUGACGGGCAGGCCGGAGAAGCUCUCAACAGAGGAUUUCGUCUUCUUGUUGAAGAAGGUUGUGCUGACUGGUGAUUUGGAUCUGAAGUUGGUGACGAGGGUCGUGCGGUACUAUCGGAAUGCGGGCAAUGAGGUGAAAGCCUCGGCCUUCGAUGCUGUUCUCAAGUCGUUGAGGAGUGUAGGGAGGCUUGGGGCGAGUGGCAGAGUUCUGAGGGCGAUGGAGGAAGGUGGCUUCGCACCGGAUUGUGCUGACCAUAAGAAAGCUGUUCUUGCAAUGUGUAACGCUGCGAAUCUGGAAGAAGCACAUAAGUAUUUGGCUAAUGUGGAAGAGUCUGGGUAUAAGUUGGGUCCAAAGAUAUGGUCUUGUUUAGUUCAGAAGUAUUCUCUUGGUGAAAAUGUUGAUAAGGCAGUGUCAUGCUUCCACGAAAUGUUUGAAAGAAGCGACAAUGAAGAUAUGGGUUCUGCUCUUGAGGUGCUGGUUUCUGGAUUAUACAAGAAGAAAGGAGCAAAGGAAGCAUUCAAAGUUCUGAAGAACCUGGUUUCAGAGAAGGCUGUGGUUCCUUGGCAAACUACUUACAAGUAUUUGAUCCACAAGUUGAUUCGUCAAGGGUAUCAGAAAGAAGCAUUUGAAGUGCUAAGUUUAAUGAAAAGUAACGGCUUUCCACCUUUUAUUGAUCCAUGUAUCGCACAAAUUUCAAAGUCCGGGACGGUGGAUGAUGCCCUGGGUCUGCUGAAUGCAAUGUCUUCGAAGGCAUUCCCAUCAAGAACAGUUUAUGUGCACUUGUUUCAAGCUUUGUUCAAAGAAGGGAGGCAUGAAGUUGCACAGCAGCUGCUUUCCCAGUCUCCUGCUAGUAUCCAAAACCAUGCUGAUGUUUGUGAUAUUUUCGAUAGGAUGAAGCUUGAAGAACCUGCUGCAGCAGCUUUGGCAGACGGUUGA